CUUUCCCCACGCCACAGCGGGUCAGCACCGCAUGCAUGGAGCUUUGCACUGCAUGGCCACUUUAAAGUAUGACUAAACAACUCACCUUUGAGCAGUUGAUGCUAGAUGAACUGGAACCCCAUUUUCUAAAUAAAGAAUAUUUUCUGUUUCAUUGAUCAUAUUGUCUGUAUGUGUGAGAACAUUCAACUCUGAUUUAGGUCCUACAUGUACACUCUUUGAAUCCUUUGAAGCACAAAGAAUGAGAUUUUUCUUUAUUUUAUAAAGUGUACAUACACUUUUAUCAUUUCAAUAAAGUAACCCAUGUCUGGCUGCAUUUUAGGUGUAAAGUAAAAAUUUUAACAUGUUUUGGGUUGCCUUUGCUUUUGCAUCUAGCCAAUCAGAAUUUAGCAUAGAUCACCAUGUGUGUGUUUCUUUUAUUUUUUAGCGGAGAAGACAGUCUGUCUUUGAAAAUGCUUUCUGCUGGUGUUCUAGCAGUUUCCAGUUUGAUAGGUUUGGGCCUUCAUGGUUCCUUGGAUAUUGUUGACAAUUUUGAUGAAUUUCCUGCCACAUUAACACAAAAAAGGGUUCCAAUAGAAACCUUAGUCACACAUAAAAACUGAGUUCCAAUGGGUUAACAUUAAGCUUCUAGAAGGGCAUCCAUCUGAUUCCUUUCAGACAUUUGUGAACUAUUCUUCAACGCAAUUGGAGUACAUAGCCUGUGCGUAUAAUUUCCACCCUGUGGUUUGGAAAAAGCUGCUAUAAAUGACUACUAGUGCACCCAAUCCAUGUUUUAAAACAAUCACUGGAACUAACUGGAGAAAUAAAAUAAACCCUCUUCCUAAGUCCAUCUUUUUACUCUUUCACUUUCUCUCUACCCCAGAUGAACAGAAGAACAAACUCCCCCUGGACUUCGACAUCGACAUGGAAGAUCCAGAGACCAAGAAAGCCGCCGUGGCCAUCCAGUCUCAGUUCAGGAAAUUCCAGAAAAAGAAGCAGGAUGUGAAGUCAUAGAAUGUUAUCACACUCAUUACACUCCUGAUAUGGUCUUGGUGUUGCAUGCUAUUCAAAUUGCACUGUCCAGAGUUGGGAGGACAGAAGGCUGAGGAGGGAAGGGGGUCCCUGAGGUGUGUUUGGCAGGGUGGGCUGAAAACUAUGAUUGUGAAAGUCUGUGUAAAUGAAUAUGUUUAUUUUACAAAUCCUAAACCUCGCAAACUCUUGAUGUAAGUAUUUAGCUAUGUGUUUGUUUUUUUUUUUUUACUUUAGUGAUACUUCAGUUGUGGCUGUAGAACUUUUCCAUUGAGCCACAUUGAUUCCAAUAGAACCAUGUAAGCCACACAUUUUUGUCAUUGUUAUUAAUUGGGAAUUAAUUGUUAUUAAUUGGGAAGUCUGUCUUUCGAGGAGAACAGAAUGCCACGGUCAGUUCAGAUUAUUUAUGAUUUAAUUAAGACCUCAAAUAAAAACUGUUUAGGACCCACUAAAUGUCUGACAAGCUAUAAUUGUGGGUCACUUUGGCUUUUGCUUUCACGCUGCCACAAUGCUAUCUUGUUCUCACGUGAAUGUUCUGCUGUCCCUUUUGAACCUAACCCUUCAACGGUGUGUGAAAUACUGUGACUGUAUAGUAACUCCUUUUCUGUAUCUUCUUCUUGCUACAACAACUGAUUCAGUGUCACUAAAGAGUUUGUUUGUUUAUUUUACUGUACAAGCACACAGAAUUACGCACGCAAGCUUGCAUACAUGCAGCAAAAAAUCCCUAAUGAAGAAAAUAAAAGUCAGUAUAACGAGUCA